GGCGGACUUGCCUGCGAUACGACGACAGCGCUCGGUCCUUUAGCACUUGGUCGACGUCGGCGUACGUGUGCCCUACGCACGAGCUGGUCGCGGCUACUACUCGCGCCGGGUAGAAAGACGGAACAGUAGAUCGAGACCGCGAGAGGUCGGCCUCAAAGCAGCUGUCCAGACUCAUCCCGCGCGCCAACUCGGCCAAUGUCGACGCUGUGUGCCGCAUGUGUCGAAAAGCCAUCUGGCAGCCAUCGCGUCGCCGUUCACAAGGCAGAAGCACGGGCAGCGGCGGGGAAGAUACGGUGCGCCGAACAACCUGCAACGAUAUAUAACACAUUCCUCAUUUUGCCAUCGUCCGCUCACACCGCAAUGGAGACGCCAACGCACGCGCCCCGGUCGCUUCUGCGCCCGUCCUUGACGCCGACCAAGCUUCUGAGCCCGCGCAUGCUCCCGAGCUUUCAGCGCUUCCUCGACACAUCGAGUCCGGUCUUUAGUCCGAAGCUCAACCCGUUUUUGAACCCGCUCGAGCCCACGUGCAAGUCGUUUGCGGGCGAGCGCUGUGCGCGCCUCGGCUGCACGCGCUUUGCCAAAAUCUCACAGCUCUGCCUCCAGCACGUCCGUGAGAUCAUGACGCCGCGAACGCUAGCGCGCGCGCAGUCGCCGACCGCCUCGGAGAAGGCCAAGCAUGUCAACCGCCGCUGCAAGCACGAGGCGUGUGAAAAGUACGCGCUCGCCGGCGGCUACUGCAUUGGUCACGGCGGUGGCAAGCGUUGCCAAGAACCCAACUGCCACACGAUCGCGCAGAGCGGCGGCUACUGCAAGUUCCAUGGCGGUGGCACCCGCUGCCGCGAAGAGGGCUGCACGCGUAUCGCGAAGCGCAAGGGCGUUUGCAAGGAGCACGGCGGCCGCCACCUCUGCAAGAUUGACGGCUGCCAAAAGUGUGCCCACAAGAGCGGGCUCUGCGUCGCGCAUGGCGGCGGCCGCAAGUGCUCAGUCGACGGCUGCACCAAGAUCGCCCAAGGCAAAGGCAUCUGCUACACGCACGGUGGCGGCAAGCGCUGCGCAGUCGAGAGCUGCAACCACGCGGCGCGCCGCGGCGGCUUUUGCAUUACGCACACGAACCGCAGCUCGCCCACCAACUAAGUGCGCUCGUCGUCGUCGUCGAUCUGCCCGUCCGUAGCUAAAUUAACCCAAGUUGUAUAUUAAAGCGUCACUUUGACGCACGUUUGACGUCUUC